AUGGAUGGAUAUCCCGCAGGCUGUCUGGACCACAAUGUCCCGUUCCUCGUCGUAUCCGGCCUGAGCUCCAAGGCGCCCGAGCUGCAGCCCCAGGCCCAGCCCGAGGGCCAGGGGCUCUUGCUCCGGUCAGACUACCCGCCGGUGGACGAAGAAGCCGCAGAAUUUCUGGAAAAGCACUUUACGCAGCUCGACGCCCACGGCACGUCGUGGACCGGCGUCUCACGACAAGAACCGUACCGAUUCCGCAUCAAGACCGUUGGCCGAACUCUCAGCCUUCCUCUCAGGAGAGCUCGGCUCCCAGAGUCCGUGGAACCGCCUCCAUCGUCGCCAGUACUGCACUCACCCUUCUCGCCUCUCUCUUCCGGGUCCGCCUUGUAUCCCGAUGGCUUGGUCGAUGCUCAGUGGAUCAGGAAGCACCAAGAGCUGAUUCCCGCUAUAUACGCUUGCUUCUACACACUGGGAAACGAUAAUCGACUCAAAGCAGAUAUCAACGACACCAAGGGCGCGCUGGCAAGAUCCGGGUACAAGACACGGGUGGCGGUGAUUCUACUCGGCGAGGCCGGUGGCUCCUCGACUCCGCCAGGAGGGAUACAAGAGCGUCUCGAGAGCAUCCGGAGGGGCACGGCGCUGGACCCGAAAUCAAUAUUCUACAUCCCAGCGCAGGACUCGCCGGCUGAGCUGAAGCGAUCUGUGGACAACAUCCUCUCUGUGCUGUACAGCACAGCUGUUGAGUAUUAUCGAGAUUUAGGACGGCAUGCUAGGAAAAAGCGGUCCCGCGGGAUAGCUCCGCAGCCCACAGUCCCGCCCACUACGGGUACGUCACGGACUCUGUCACUGCCGGACUGGAACUUCCGAUACGAUUUCAAAGCCGCCGUGUUCGCCGAGUUCCGCCAGGAAAUGGACCCAGCGAUUCGAUCGUUUGAGCAAGCAUAUGAAAUCCUGCUGGGACAAGAUGUCCUCGACAUCAUUCCCAGCUGGAGCCCCCGCUGGAACGAAGCCCGCCUGUUGUCAGAUGUCAUUUCCAUUCGCUGCCUCAGGAUCCAGUUCUGGAUGGGACACACGACCCUGGCCGUCAGGAGGUGGCAAAGCCAUCGGGACCGCAUUGGCGACUUUGUUGAUCGUCGAGGAAGGGGGACCGACAACUACGGAUGGCAGGCGUGGGAGGCGAGGUGGGCCAUGGUUAUGGCUCAUCUGAUUGAAAAGGUCGAGGUUCCUGGACUGGGACCUUUGGCCACGACGCUGUUCCUACAGCCAGAGAAGGCUGUCUUGGGCGAGCGCUUGAAGCCCUGGGAACUCCUACACCAUACCGGAUACUGGUACCGAAUGGCGGCACGUCAUACAGCCGCUCGGCGAAGACUGGCGCGCAUGAUACCCGAAGAGGACCGAGGCGCGCCGGACUCUUCACCGGCCUCGCUCGUCGCCAGCAAGGCGCACAUGUACGACACGUACAUGUGCCCCGCCCCAUACCGAGAAGUCCCAAUCGCCAGCCAGGGCGUCAACCACGCCCAGCUCAUAAUCGAUUGCCUCAUUGCUGCCCGGACACAGUUUCAGGCCCGCAAACAGUUUCGAUUGGCCGCCGAGGUUUCACUAGAAUGCGCAAGGGAAAUGACGCUGGUUUCUGCUUGGGAGGAUGUUGUUGCCGUACUUCGACCGUUGUGGGACGACAUGUCGUUUCGGUCUGAAGGCUGGGUCGAUGCUUCUGAAGACCUCAGCUGGCUGCUGAGAAAGGCCGCUGUAGAGACGGGGAGUGCGGAUCUGGUGGUCGCUAUUGAUUGGGGACUGAUGCACCGCAAGUACACGCGGCGACGCCAUUGGCACUACGACCUGAGCAAGUCUCUCGAAGGGGUCUCGGCCAGCUCGAAGCCUGUCGUCGGCCUGUCCACCGAUUCGGCGUCGUCGUUUGUUUCGGCCAGCUUCGUGUUCCGAAAUAAGGAAGGCAAGGCAGGGGAGAAGAGUACAGCGCAAGUGUCAAUUUUCUCCGAGGCUUUGGCGAGCUCUGAGCCUGUGACUUUUUCCUCUUUACGAGUAGAGUUCACAGGAAGCCUCAAGCCCAUCAUCAUCGAACACGGGGUAUCAAAAACCUCUGCGGACCCUUCGGGCUCGAACAUGUGUAUCGACACUUUAACAUUGGACGAGGAAUUUUCGGAAGCUUCCGAAGACGAAUUGCCGUCACAACUCAGAGGUCGAUCCGACUUGACCUUGAAGCCGGGUCAGAGGCGGGUGUUGGAAGUGGCCGUUCCACUGCGGGAGGCUGGUAACGCGGAAGCGUCAUCCGUGACACUGUUCUACGAAAGCGAGGCAUAUGAUAUGAGCUAUACCCUGGGAUUCCGAGAAACAGAUGCUGUGGUGGGAUGGUAUAGCGCUGGCUCAGGGGCGCCUCGCAAGCCGCGCUCGAAUGCACGUGUUCUGCAUGUGCAGCCUCGCCCGCCCAAGAUGCAGAUCAGUAUACCGGGCCAGCUCCUCCAAUACUACACAGACGAGGUGGUGGAGCUGAAUGUCGACCUCCACAACGACGAGGACGAGCCGGCCGGUGUCAAGUUGGACGUUCACCUGUCUGGGGAGUAUCAUCCGAGUUUCCAGGUUCUGGUCGAAGGCGAGGAGCGCAACGCAGAGUGCGGCCAAGAGGAGUCCUGGAUAACAGGCAUACCGCUCGGCGUCAUUAAAAACGGGUCUUCACGCGGCCUCGUGGUUCGCAUCGACGCAGUAGACGCCCCAUGUCUUCACGAUGUACAGCUGCGGGCGUCGUACCACCUCGAGUCAGAUGCAGCGACGCCAAUCACGCAGGCGCUACCUGUGCAGCUGAGCAUCGUCACUCCUUUCGAGGCCAACUACGAUCUGGUUCCGCGGGUUCAUCCGGAACCAUGGCCAAGCCUGUUCGACGACGCGGGACUGGAGGAUUCACGGGAAGAAGACCCGGCCUCGGUUGCGGCCAGAGGCCUCGCUCAACAGUGGUGCCUGGUAUGCCACUACGCGUCGUUUGCACUGGAAGAUUUGUGUGUCCUGGAGAUGGACACGGUGGUCUCCCCGCCUGUUGGCAGCGCGCGUUGCCACAUCAUCGGGAGGCCGCAGGUGCCAGAAGACGGGAUCGUGGCGGCGCCGAGGACGAUGGCCGAAGCACAAUUUCAUCUCGUGGCGCAGAAGCUCAGCCUCGACGACAGGCAUCCGGUCGCAAUCGAUGCGGCCUUGCUCAUCAAAUGGAGACGAAAGAAGACAGGUGCAGACAGCCCUGUGAACACGACAAGGCUGCCUGUGGGUCAGUACCUGGUCCUCGGCGCAGAGCCACGGGUGCUUGCGUCGGUCGUCUACGAGACGCGAGAAACGUGGCCGAGCCUCAUGUAUCUGGACAUUACGAUUGAGAACUCGUCGCACCACUUCCUGACGUUUGGCCUGACGAUGGAACCGAGCGACACGUUUGCAUUUUCGGGGGCAAAACAGACGACGAUACAUCUGCUGCCGCUGUCUCGGCGGGCGACGAGGUACCGACUGUUACCAUUGGUCCGAGGCGCAUUCCUACGGCCCGGACUCGUGGUUCGAGACAAAUACUUUCAAAAGACUCUACGCAUAAUACCCACGGAGGGGAUGAAGAUUGACAAGGACGGACUGCUGGUCUGGGUGCCGGGAGAUGAAUCGGCAAUGAGUGACGACGAAGCGCCGGCGACGGAGGAGCAGUCGGAUGGAUGA